AUGCUUCUCCGUUCUGCCUUGCUGUCCCUGCGGCCUGGCGCCCAUCGUCUGCUCCGUUGUGCUUCCAUGAGCACUGCUACUGGCACAUUCCAGCUGCAGCAGCCUCUCAACUACCGAGCUGGUGCCCGCGUCCAGCCUUUGGAUGGGAACCACAGCGAGGAACUGUAUGAACCAGCAACUGGCCGUGUUAUUGGCAAGUGUCUAUUCUCUGGUGAGAAGGAGGUGGACCUGGCUGUGCAGAGCGCCCAGGCUGCCUUUAAAGUAUGGAGUCAGAAAUCGGGCAUGGAGCGGGGCAAUGCGCUCUGGGAGGCUGCCAGUCUCAUCCGGGAACGGAGGGAAGAAAUUGCUACCGUGGAAACAAUCAAUAAUGGGAAGUCCAUCUUUGAAGCCUUGGUGGAUGUUGACAUAUCUUGGCAAAGUCUGCAAUAUUUUGCAGGCUUAGCUGGCUGUCUGGCAGGUCAGCACAUCCAGCUCCCGGGAGGAUCCUUCGCUUACACCAGAAGAGAGCCUCUCGGGGUGUGUGUUGGGAUUGGUGCCUGGAACUACCCUUUCCAGAUUGCCUGUUGGAAAUCAGCCCCUGCCUUGGCUUGUGGUAAUGCCAUGGUCUUCAAGCCUUCUCCCUGCACCCCCAUCUCUUCUGUGCUGCUGGCCGAGAUCUACAGCCAGGCUGGCCUACCCAGCGGACUUUUCAACGUGGUGCAAGGUGGAGCUGCCACGGGCCAGUUCCUGUGCCAACACCCAAGUGUGUCCAAGGUCUCUUUCACUGGAAGUGUGUCUACAGGAAUCAAGAUAAUGGAGAUGGCAUCCAAAGGGGUCAAACCAGUUACUCUGGAGUUAGGGGGCAAGUCCCCCCUCCUCGUCUUCUCUGACUGUGUACUGGAGAAUGCAGUGAAAGGAGCUCUCAUGGCCAAUUUCCUCACCCAAGGCGAGGUUUGCUCUAAUGGAACUCGGGUGUUCGUACAGCGUGACAUCCUGCAUGCCUUUACCAAGGAGGUUGUGAACCAGACCCAAAAAAUCAAAAUUGGAGAUCCUCUGCUGGGUGACACGAGGAUGGGGGCACUGAUCAACCGCCCCCACCUGGAGAAGGUGUUGAGCUUUGUUACACAAGCAAAAGAGCAGGGCGCAGAGGUGCUGUGCGGGGGAGACCUGUAUGUACCAGAUGACCCCAAACUGAAGGAUGGCUUUUACAUGUCUCCCUGUAUAUUAGGAAACUGUGAAGACAACAUGACAUGUGUGAAGGAGGAGAUCUUUGGGCCGGUCAUGUCCAUCCUGUCCUUUGAUACCGAGGAGGAGGCCCUAGGGAGAGCCAAUGACACCUGCUUUGGGCUGGCAGGGGGCGUCUUCACCAGGGACCUUCAGCGGGCCCAUCGGGUGGUGGCCGGUCUCCAGGCAGGGACGUGCUUCGUCAACAAUUACAACAUCAUUCCUGUGGAACUCCCCUUUGGAGGAUAUAAGAUGUCAGGUUUUGGCCGAGAGAACGGCACAGCAGCGAUUGCUUAUUACUCCCAACUGAAGACUGUCUACGUGGAGAUGGGCGAUGUGGAAUCGGUAUUUUAA